AUCCUUAGUUAUUAGAACCAAUAACAAAAAUUCUAGAGUGCAUUUGAUUUUAUUAGUUUGUAGUUAAGUUACAUAGGACCACUAAAUUAAAGAAGCUGCCGAUGCACGUUGCCACGCCCCCACCCUAAACAGCCAACCACCCCCCGCCUCCGCCCACGACCAGAGAGAAAGAGAGAGAGGGAAAUACAGAGCAACAACAACACAUAAAGAAAACGAAAGAUUUCCGCAAGGAACCACCAAUAAAAACAACAAAUUGCUUUGGUUACGAGUAACUGCAAAAACAGCAAGAGAUUAAAUCGGAAUAAAAAACUGUGCUCUCUGCGUGUGUGAGGUGUGUGUUUGUGUGUGUGUGGUGCGUGCAUUACAAUAAUUGCACAAAAACCAAGACAAACGUGGGGCGGGGGUGUUUGUAAGCGUGAGCGAGCUCGACAUUUAGUAAGAGCGACGGAGGCAGCACGACACGGCAACAACAAAGGGCUGUGAUUUUUUUCCCCCGCCCCGCCCCCUCUUAAAACUUACGUAUUUACCAAAUAAACGGGGCUAAGCUAGAACAACAAAAUUACCUGUCAGCAACAACAAAUCGAAAAGGUUAACUGUUGGAAAACUGGCUGUUUAAGAAUAAGCGCAAUGGAUGUCCUGGAAAUGCUGCGCGCCAGCGCCAACGGCGGCUACAAUACUCUCUUCUCGGACGCGUGGUGCCAGUACGUUUCCACGCAGAUCACAGCAACGAUGUACAUGUAUUGUGCGUUGGGCGUGCUGGCCAUGCUGUUCCUCGCCUGGUUCAUGUACUUCAAGCGGCUGGCGCGUCUGCGGCUGCGCGACGAGAUAGCCCGCUCCCUCAGCGCAGUGACCUCCUCGUCCGGCGGGGAUCUGCGUGGCCUGCGAUUCCGGAAGCGGGACAAGAUGCUCUUCUACGGACGGCGCAUGCUGCGCAAAAUGAAGAACGUCAGCGGCCAGAUGUACAGCAGUGGGAAGGGCUACAAGCGUCGGGCUGUGAUGCGAUUUGCCCGCAGGAUAUUGCAACUGCGGCGGGACAAUAUGCCGCUGGAGAUGCGCACCGUGGAGCCGCCGGCGGAGUAUCUGGAGGAGACGAUCGAGGGCAGCGACAGAGUGCCGCCCGAUGCCCUCUACAUGCUCCAGAGCAUCCGCAUCUUCGGGCACUUCGAGAAACCCGUCUUUCUGCGCCUCUGCAAGCACACCCAACUGCUGGAGCUGAUGGCCGGCGACUAUCUGUUCAAGAUCACCGACCCGGACGACAGUGUCUACAUCGUCCAGUCGGGCAUGAUCAAUGUGUACAUCUCGAAUGCCGACGGCAGCACCCUCUCCCUCAAGACGGUGCGCAAGGGCGAGUCGGUGACCUCGCUGCUCAGCUUCAUCGAUGUGCUGUCGGGGAAUCCCAGCUACUACAAGACGGUCACCGCCAAGGCCAUUGAGAAGUCGGUGGUCAUUCGGCUGCCCAUGCAGGCCUUCGAUGAGGUGUUCCAGGACAAUCCGGACGUGAUGAUCCGCGUCAUCCAGGUGAUCAUGAUCCGGCUGCAGCGUGUCCUCUUCACCGCCCUGCGCAAUUAUCUCGGCCUGAAUGCCGAACUGGUGCAAAAUCACAUGCGCUACAAGAGCAUCUCGACGAUCGGUGGAGCGAUGAACUCGCAGUGCUCGCAAUCCUCCCGCCAGGCGCCCAAUGGUCCCCCCACGGUGGUCACCCAGCUGAAUCUGAUGCAGUCUGCCGCCUCGUUGCCGGGCUCGGUAUCGUUAUCCGGAGCAGGAGCGCUAUCGGGAGCGGUAUCGGGAGCGGGAUCGGGUGUGGCAGUGACCGUGAGCCGGCCACCGGCAUCGCCAUCGCGACACUCACGCGAGGAGCACACGCUGUCCGAUCCGAAUCCCAAUCCGGACUCUGGCAGUGUUGCGGGCGCCAGCAAUCUGUUCGCCGAGGUGCACGGCGAUGCACCCAAUGCCAAUGACAUGUUCCACCACCACCACCAACAGCAGCAGCAGCACUCGGUGGGCAAUCUCUCCACGCGUCGCGGUUCCAUCACUCAGGUGACGCCCGACGGCUCCCAGUCGCAGUCGCAGUCGCAUCACAGUCACGUCCCGGGUGCAGCUCCCUCGAUAGACAUGCGACUGGUGCAGUCGUCGGCGGUGGACAGCCUGCGCAAAGAGCUGGGUCUGCCCGAGGAGGAUGCGCACAUCAUUGAACCGUUUGUGGAGGUGCGCGAACUGGAGCCGAACGUCACCCUCAUCACGGAGGGCAAUGCGGACGAUGUGUGCGUGUGGUUCGUGAUGACCGGCACCCUGGCCGUCUACCAGAGCAACCAGGAUGCCACGCGAGCCAAGCCGGACAAGAGCGACAUGCUCAUCCACUUUGUGCAUCCCGGCGAGAUCGUUGGCGGCCUGGCCAUGCUGACGGGCGAGGCCAGUGCGUACACCAUUCGAUCGAGGAACAACAGCAGGAUAGCCUACAUUCGUCGCGCGGCCAUCUACCAGAUAAUGCGACAGCGACCCCGCAUCGUUUUGGAUCUGGGCAAUGGGGUUGUGCGCCGCCUGUCGCCGCUGGUGAGGCAGUGUGACUAUGCCCUGGACUGGAUCUUUUUGGAGUCGGGCAGGGCUGUCUAUCGCCAGGACGAGAGCAGCGACAGCACAUACAUUGUGCUGAGCGGACGCAUGCGAUCGGUGAUCACGCAUCCGGGCGGCAAGAAGGAGAUCGUCGGCGAAUACGGCAAGGGGGAUCUUGUGGGCAUCGUCGAAAUGAUCACGGAAACGUCACGCACCACGACGGUGAUGGCUGUGCGCGACUCGGAGCUGGCCAAGCUGCCCGAGGGCCUGUUCAAUGCCAUCAAGCUGCGCUACCCCAUCGUGGUGACCAAGCUGAUCAGUUUCCUCAGCCACCGCUUCCUCGGCUCGAUGCAGACGCGCUCGGGCAGCGGGGCGCCGGGCGCGCCCGUCGAGGCCAAUCCCGUCACGCACAAGUACUCCACGGUGGCCCUGGUGCCCAUCACCGACGAGGUGCCGCUGACGACCUUCACCUACGAGCUCUACCACUCGCUCUGUGCCAUAGGACCCGUCCUGCGUUUGACCUCCGAUGUGGUGCGCAAGCAGCUGGGUCCGAACAUCUUCGAGGCGGCCAACGAGUACCGGCUGACGUCGUGGCUGGCGCAGCAGGAGGACCGCAACAUCAUCACGCUCUAUCAGUGCGACAGCUCGCUGAGCCCCUGGACACACCGAUGCAUGCGGCAGGCGGACGUCAUCCUGAUCGUGGGCCUCGGCGAUCGCACCCAUCUGGUCGGUAAAUUCGAGCGCGAGAUCGACCGCCUGGCGAUGCGAACGCAGAAGGAGCUGGUCCUGCUCUAUCCGGAGACCACCAAUGCCAAGCCGGCCAACACGCUGAGUUGGCUCAACGCCCGACCCUGGGUGACCAAGCACCACCAUGUGCUGUGCGUCAAGCGCAUCUUUACGCGCAAAAGUCAAUACCGCAUUAAUGAUCUCUACAGUCGCGUCUUGCUGUCCGAGCCGAACAUGCAUUCCGACUUCUCGCGUUUGGCCCGCUGGCUUACGGGCAACUCGAUUGGCCUUGUGCUGGGCGGCGGUGGGGCGCGCGGAGCCGCCCACAUUGGCAUGCUGAAGGCCAUCCAGGAGGCGGGCAUACCCAUCGACAUGGUGGGCGGCGUAAGCAUCGGCGCCCUGAUGGGAGCGCUCUGGUGCUCGGAGCGUAAUAUCACCACGGUUACGCAAAAGGCGCGCGAGUGGUCAAAGAAAAUGACAAAAUGGUUCCUACAACUGCUGGACCUCACCUACCCGAUCACAUCGAUGUUUUCCGGACGGGAGUUCAACAAGACGAUCCACGACACUUUCGGGGACGUGAGCAUCGAGGACCUGUGGAUACCCUACUUCACCCUCACCACCGAUAUAACCGCCAGUUGCCAUCGCAUUCACACUAAUGGCCACCUGUGGCGGUACUGCCGCGCCAGCAUGUCAAUUGCGGGAGUCUUCCCGCCAUUUUGUGAUUACCGUGACGGCCACCUGCUGCUCGAUGGCUGCUACACGAACAACGUGCCAGCCGAUGUGAUGCACAAUCUGGGGGCUGCUCACAUAAUCGCGAUCGAUGUGGGAUCCCAGGACGACACCGAUCUGACCAACUACGGCGACGACCUCAGCGGUUGGUGGCUGCUCUACAAGAAGUGGAACCCGUUCACAUCGCCCGUGAAGGUGCCCGACCUGCCGGACAUUCAGUCCCGUCUCGCCUACGUGUCCUGUGUUCGCCAGCUGGAGGAGGUUAAGAACUCCGACUACUGCGAGUACAUCCGACCGCCGAUCGACAAGUACAAGACCCUGGCCUUCGGCAGCUUCGACGAGAUCCGGGACGUGGGCUACGUGUUUGGGAAGAACUACUUCGAGAACAUGGCCAAGGCGGGUCGACUGGGCCGGUUCAACCAGUGGUUCAACAAGGAGCCACCCAAGCGGGGCAACCACGCCUCCCUCAGCGAGUACACGUUCAUCGAUCUGGCGCAGAUCGUGUGCCGGCUGCCGGAGACGUACGUUGUCAAUACGGCGGAGCUCUUUAGCGAGGACGAAGACUGUGAUGGCUACAACUCGGAGCCAACGACGCUCAACACGGAUCGACGGCGCAUCCAAGUGCCGCGUGCCGGCAACUCGUUGUCCUUCUCCGAGACCGAACUGGACUCGGACGUCGAGAUCGACCUGAAGCUGGAGCGCAAGACGGACAGGGCCACUCAGUCGUCGCCGCCGACGUCCAGCAGGUCGGCCCGUGAAGAGGCUAGACAGAUGGAGGACCAUCGGCAGCAUCGGGAGCAUCGGGAUCGCCAUUGGCAUUGGCACAAUGACGCGAUUGAUGGCAGAGCCACGGCAGCUGCACACACUCUGACCGAACAGAACCAGCAGGAUCACGUGGCGAGGACGGAACAGCAGCUGGUGGACAGGGAUGAGGACAAGGAGAACCUGAGCAGCGCGAAUAACGAAACCAAAAACUAGCUAUAUAGACAAAACCAAUCGAGGCGGGGAUAUCUACUCAACAAAAGGCGACAGGAGCCACAAGCCGAGGAUGACGAGGUGCCUUCCGCUUGCCAGACGCCCAAAUGGCCAACUUCAGCAACCAACCAACCAACCAACCAACAAACUGCAACUACUCAAUCAUCCAAUCUCCAACGAAACAAAACUAAAUAGCAAUGACAAGGAAAUUUGUUAACCUCUAGGUUUUAUAGCAACCAAGACUUAGGCUUAGCUUAGCAUUUGGAAUUAUAACCCAUUCUGCAUCCUGCAUCCUGCAUCCUGCAUCCCCUAUCCAAUCCUCAUUCCCCAUUCCCUCUACACAUCCAUUAACCCACACACAACACACUAAACACACAUUGUAAUGGAGGCACAAGAAGUCCACAAACUUUGUAUAUACAUAUAGUUAUAUAUUUUUACUAAGGCAACCGAUAUUGUAGCCACGAAACUGAGACUCCUUUGCAAUGAGAGCCCCCAACAAAGUCCCGCCCCCUGUUUGCCGCACACUUGUGUAGUCUCUCUAUUAUUUUAGGUGAGCAAAUCGUUUGUUUAAUGGUCGGAUUUUUUUUGUAAGUGCAAGCAAAUAAAUUUAAACAAUUGAAAGUACAAAAACCAA